AUGUCUGCACAACCACAACCUCCUGCCGGUGCCAACCAGCAAUAUCCGAGUUCCUUCGACCAGACCGGACAAGUCGCGCCGCAUGGUAUGAAGCCUAGGGUCACUGCGACCUUGUGGGAAGAUGAGGGUAGCUUGUGCUUCCAGGUAGAAGCGAACGGCGUGUGCGUCGCGCGGCGCGAAGACAACCACAUGAUCAAUGGCACGAAACUGUUGAACGUUGCCGGGAUGACACGCGGUCGGCGCGAUGGCAUCUUGAAGAGCGAGAAGACUCGCCAUGUGGUCAAGAUUGGUCCGAUGCACCUCAAAGGUGUCUGGAUACCGUUUGACCGCGCACUGGACUUUGCGAACAAGGAGAAAAUCACCGAACUUCUCUAUCCUCUCUUCGUCCACAACAUCGGAGCAUUGCUAUACCACCCCUCCAAUGCGGCUCGCCAGAGUGUCGGCGGCGCUGCCAUGGCAUCAGCAGCCCGUCGUUCUGAUCAACAGGAUUACAUGCGAACUCCACAAGGCUCUCAGCCGCCAACACUGACUCACCAUCACUCUAUGAGCACUCCGGGCGGAGGAAGCAUGCCUCAGCCGCCGCACUCCAUUGCCCCGCAUCCUGCAUCUGGCCGACCAGGAUUGGACCGAGCUCACACCUUUCCAACUCCGCCGACCAGUGCGUCCAGCUUGAACAUGAACAUGGGUCACCAAGGAAGCUCGUAUGGAUAUGGUGAACAGAACGGUGCUAUUCAAUCAGCUGCCACACCACCCAACCACGCGCAAGGUAUACAGUACCAGACUAGCCAGGCGCCAUAUGACAGCCAACGACAGAUGUACGCUCCAGCUCCCGGCGCUUACGGCCAGCAAUACGCCCAACAGCCAAGCAUGAACCGCUACGGUCAAAUGCAGACGAGCCCAGAUGGCGUCAAGUCCGAGAUGGGUCCACCCGCUCGUGCCGGCGCUGAGAACGAGAAUGCCGAAGCCAAGCCCCACGGUGGCUAUGGUGGUCAGCACGAUGUCGAGGGCGAACACGAGGGUGAAUAUACCCACUCCAGUGCGUCUUUUGGCGCCAGACGGCCUACGUACGAUUACAAUCCUAACCCAGCAUCAGGGCCUGUUCACACAGAUCCCUCUCACAUCUCUCCUGAGAUGACGCACUCGCCGCAUCAGAACGGCUCUGGUCGUGCCACGCCGCGCACUACGACCACCUACGCAGGCUACAACACCACGACUCAGCGACCAACCCAGCUGCCUCAGAGCAACUUGAACUAUGUCAUGAGCAACGACACUCGCGCCGGUGCUCCCAAUGGCGCAGACACUGGCUACCAGCCUGCAUACCAGGCAUCGCAAUACGCCGCGAUGAACGGCACGCCAGUUGCCAACAACAAGCGCAUGCGCGAGGACGAGUCCGAGGAUCCGUACGGCCGCCCUCCCAGCGCCAACGGCGACCACAAGCGUCAGCGUACGGACUCCGUCUCCACACGUCCCAUAGCCCAACCUCAAUCCCUGAAGGCCGGCGGCAUGAGGCGAUAA